GCUCCUCCUUUUUUUUUAUGGAAUUCUUGAUUCUGUUAUGGUGUUCGUUUGCGAAAACUUUUUAGUUUAUUUAUGUACUGAAUUUCUUAUCCCUCUUCGAAAUUGAAUCUGAAUUAGGGGAAUAUGUGAAAGUUUAGCUAUGUCUUCUGUCAUCUAGCUAUCUUAUGUGGAGAUUAUUGCAUUGGUUAAAUCUUAUUUUCACGUUACUUCUGUAAUCUGGAUGCUGCAACUGUUGUGUAAACGUUGAUAUCUUGAGGAGAACAUGGCAAUUGUAUCGGCAAAGCUUUGCAGAACUCUUCUUCCUUUACAUUGUUGUCUCCUCAAGUAUCGCUCUAUUAACUCAAUAUCUGCAUCGCAUUCACUCCAAGAAACUGUAAGAAAUGCAGUUGAAGCCAAAGCCUAUGAGAAGAUUCCUGAUCUUCUCGUUUCCUUUGGACAAGCUUGCCAAAACCCGAAUCCUUUUGCGUUCCUAUCAACCUUUCCCGACAGCCUUAGAAUGCAAGUUGUUGAUGAAAUCUUACAGUCUUUCAUCCCCAUAAGGCCCCGCUUUCGUGCUCAGGCUGCCUAUGCCUACCUCCUGUCUUUUACUCUACAAACCUCCAAUCCUCUCCCUCUUGGUCUUGCCAUUCUCCAGCGAACUCUUCGCUCUGGUUGCGUCCCUGUUGCCCAAACCCGUCUUCUCCUCUCGUCCGCUUGGGUGAACUGCAGGAAGGAAUCUCGGUCUGUCUCUGACGUCCUAUUUGAGAUGCAGUCAAUUGGAUAUCACCCUGAUAGUAGGUCAGAAAAACUUCUGAGGCAUUAGAUAUGAUAAAGAAAAUGGUGGAGAAAGUUGGGUUGACACCGAGGCAGGGGACUAUUGUGAAAGUAGCGGCAGCAUUGCGAGCAAACAGAGAGAUA